ACAUUUUUCUUUUUUAACGCUUGGAGCAGAGAAAUUCUUUUUAAGGAAGUGUAAAAAAUUUCGUUUUAAUAUAAAAUUUAAAUCCAUACAAAUUCAAAAUUACAAUUUUUGUCUUCUUCGAAAGAAAAUUGUAAAGAAAAAGUUUAUAUAAAGUAGUUAUAAAACCUAUAAGUAAAGAAAAAUAAAGAAAUAUUGCUACGCUGGUUCGAUUAUUGCAUGAAGAAGAAAAAAAUUACCAAAACGAAGGCUGGGCGAAAAAGAAAAAAGCAACAACAUCAGAAGAAGACAAAGUUAAAGCAGUAUCAGAAAAACAAGCGGCGACGGUAGCAGUGACGGUGAAAACAGUGAUCGUCAGCAACGACAGUUGGAAUAACAACAACAACAAAAGCAACAACUACUACGGACAACAAUAUUGUUGUGGUACCAUAGUUAGGUGAACACAAAAGUGUUAUAUUUAAGGUGGCCGGAACCAUUACGUUAUAACGCUAAUCUGGAUAGUUUCAGCUGAACAACAUAUGGAAGGGCUUUGAAAGUGAAAGCAGCAAACAAAAUUCUCAUUUUGUUAAAGAUUGAGAAAAUUUUGUUGAAUUUACUACUAAAGGAAUACAGGCAAAAUCUUUUGUGGAGACAACUUGUCAUACAAAAGUUGUUUAAAAGAUUUUGUUGAAAGACUUUUGAUUAAGUUCAAGACUUGUGGGUUAUAGCUAAAGGCCAUGUCCAAUGGUGACGAUGUGCUAGACAAUUGGGAAGAAAUUGAUGAAGCAAGGAUACAAAUAUUGAAAUCCUCGUCAGCUUCUUCUGCAGCUUGUGAAAGAAUCACAAAAUCGUCGUCGUAUCAGCAAACAACUACAGCCAGUUCAACUGCUGCUUUAAAUAGUUCUACUAUAAAUUCAACAUCUUCAACUAGGCCUAUUCAAAUGAAGUUGUUGCAACGCUCUACUACUACGCAAGAGUCAGCUAUAACGACCUCGUCUACGAAACCCAUACCCAAAUCGCCUUUGGACGAUAUGUCGGCCACAUUUCAGCCAGUUAUGAUGGUUUUACACAAACCCCAGGACGAAUAUCAAUCUGCCAAUUAUACACCACCAAUUGCUAAUCAGACUGUGAAAAUUCUAAGGAGACCAACACAAUCUACGGAACCCCGUAAUAAUGGUAUACGUCCCAAGCAGCCAAUCAAAACAUUGCAACAACGUGAACAGGAAUAUGCCGAGGCAAGACUUAGAAUAUUGGGCUCAGCCAAGAACCCAGAAGAUGAUGAGCAAAAGGAUUCAAACGCUACCACAACUUCGGUAACAACCAGUACCACGAAUUCAACACCAUCCACUCCUACGGUAACUGCCGCAGCAUUAUCCAACAAUUCUAUUAUGAAUACAGUGGCUACCACAAAAAUUAACUCACCGAAAACACAAGGUGGUGCAAAUCAAUACAACAAUCACUAUAAUCAACAACUACAGUUGCAGCAGCAGCAGCAACAACAACAGCAACAACAAUAUCAUCAAAAUUUCCAACAGCAGCAGCAACAAAAUUAUUUUUACAAUCAGCAGCAACAGCAACAACAACAGCCACAAUCACCUGCCUAUAACAAUAAUCGCACAUACAACAUGAAUCCACUCUUAGGUCUGGGUCCUAUGGGUUCUAUAGGCCAGCCCGCUCAAUAUCAGGCUACAGCUCUAGCAACACCACAAACGCCACAACAGCAGCAGCAACAGCAUUUGAAAUAUCAACAAUAUCAUCAAAAAUCACCACAACUACAACAUAAAACCCAACAACAGCAACAACAGCAGCAGCAGCAGACUUGGUCUCCUGUUGUGGGCGGUAGUGUUUCUUCCUCGUCUGUAAGACAACAACAACAAAACGAUACGAUAUUACGUUUACCUCGCGGCCCUGAUGGUACUAUAGGCUUUCAAAUGCAGCGGUAACGCGUUGUCACCAACAUCAAUCAACUAUUCAAUUUGUAAGAGCUGUUCAUUGCUAAACUAAAUCUGAAAACUGUAAUUUCAGUUUUAUUUUGUUAAUGCUGCCGUGUUUUUACUCUAAAACAUUUAAUUUUUUUUAAAGGAUUUCUUUUGGUUUGUUUUAAUGGGUAUAAUGAUGGAUGACAAUCGAUUUAAAGUUGCGUUGAUGGCAACUGGCAGCUAUCAUUUUCUGGCAAUAAGAAAUUUGUGGUUGCCCUCUGGCAAUGCAACUGAAGUUCGUUUGCCAUCCAUAUCACCCAUACUUUUCAUAUUAUACUAAACUUUAAAUUUCUUUUUGAAUGUUUAAAUUUAAUUGGUAGUCAUCUAACAAUAUACUUAUUUUUUUUUCUACUUUCUAAUCUUUCUAACUUUAAGUUGUCUGCUAUAACUUUUUUCCCCCCUUCUACAUUUAAUUGAUUUUAUAAACAUUAUGCUUUCGUUUUUUUUUUUUUUUACUUUAUUACAUUGAUCAUAUUUUAAUUUUUACUUAAAACAAAUUUAUAAUUGUUUGAUAUUUUUGCAUAUUUUAAUUUUACUCGUUUUGGGCUACAGUUCAAAUCAUAAAUUUGAAAUUAAACAAGAUUUUUUUUUGUAUUACAUUUAGAAAAAACACACAACCACAAAAAUUAUGUUUGUCUUGUAAACUAAAAGAAAAAAAAUAUUGUAUUUAAAUGAUAAAAGAAAACAAAUUUUAUGAUUAUAAAUAAUUAUACUUAUACAAAAUAUAUAAAAAAAAUACUAAAAAAAAGAAUAA